GCUCGACUCACACCUUUGAAUGAGUCGGCUAUGGAAUAAGCAUGAGGUAUAAGAGCGCCCAUCCGCAGGCUUACUCCUAGACAAUACAAUCACCAACAUCUUUUUACAACUACAAAAGGCCACCAACCCCAAACUAAACAGUAGCUUAUUUAAACCCGAGCAUUCCAAACCUCGACAACACAAGAAAAACAUCAACAACAGCCAGCAUAAAUCCUGCAAAAUCAUCAAAUAUGUCAGCCCCGACACUCAGUUCGAGAAGCUCCAUGGAGAGUCUGCAGAGCAACUCUUCCAGCAUUUUCAGUGCACCGGAUAAGCUUGCCCCGGCGGUAGUGGGCCCCAGUGUAUGGCAAGGAGACGAGCUCAACCCAGCCGAGUACGUGAUUGAACUCGAUGACCGAGAAGUUCUGGAUAUUAGAGCAGCCAUCAUCAAGUUUAAGCUCACUGGACUUGCAAGGGAAGAUAUCAAUGCCAGCACAUUCCGCAUCGGCAAUGCAAAACUGGCAAACAAGCUCUUCAAUAUUAGCACAGAGCUUCACCAUGGCAAAGGUGUCGUCGUCCUACGAGGCCUAGAUGCUGCUUACCUCAACGAUGAAGAGGCCGUCAUCGCUUUUGCUGGUGUAUGCUCGUACAUUUGCCCAGACCGAGCAACAGAUUCGUAUGCCAAUCAGACGUUGACCCAUGUCUGCGACGCGACCAAGAAGCCUGUUCCCGAAGAAUGCAAAGGCAUUGGCCUUGCCGGCUCUAAGAUUACAGCGGCCAUGGACUUUCACAGUGACCGCUUCUCUGGCGAUGUAAUUGCUCUCUAUGUCCGCAAUGACGGCGGACCCGGGGCGGGCGGAGAGCAGUAUGUGGUCAGCUUCUCCAAAAUCUACAAUGAGCUCCUCGAAAAGGAUCCAGAGGUGCUGGAGACCAUGGCAGAACCAGACUGGCCAUUUGAGCUGAAGCAGAAGGGCGGGACGCCUUACCUGGAGCUGGGACCUACGCUCUUCUUCUCCAAGGGUAGGCCGAUAUGCCAGCUAGUCAAAGCGCCACUACUUGGUACCGAUACCAUCCCGCGCAAUGCCGACAUGCCCAAGGUGACGGCUAAGCAGCUGCACGCAAUGCAUGCAGUUGAAGAGCUAGCCAAGCGCUUCUGCACAAAGGUCGACCGUCAGCAGGGCGACAUUCAGUUUCUCCACAACUUGAACAUGAUGCACGCCCGCGCCGAGUACCGCGGUAUCCAUGGCGAGGCUAGCACCCGCCAUCUGUUGCGCAUGUUCCUGCGCGACUCCACAAAUGCUUGGGAGAAACCGGCUAGCUGCCGCAACAACUUCGACGACCCGUUCACGCCCGGUAGGCGCCAGCACAUUCCUGUCGUUGACCUGGACCCAUGGCGCACCAUUAGCGGUCGCGAGAGCCACGGCUAGACGCCUUCUUUGUGUUUUGUUUUACAGCCAAACCUGCACAAAAUCUGUUUAGGGAGCGAGAUAGAGGAAAGACUGCAUUAGCGCUCUACGGGAAUAGUAAGAAGGACCUUGGCAGACUG